GCAGUUUUCUGUCGGCGGAACAAAGAUGUCGGAGGGGAAUCAGUGUCAAGCGCCGGUGUGAAGAAUGAAAGGGGAGGCGGGCGGCGGCGGCAGCAGCAGCAGCAGGAGAAGGCUAGAGCCACUCCCAAACCCACCGGUCACACCCGAAGACACGGGCAUAAGAAAUGCCCGGCGCACUCCCCGGACCGGGGGCAACAGGCUGAGCCGAAGCUGCAGGCCUGCAGCAAGGCCCGGGACGGCUGAAGAAAUAUUGUCAUAUAAAACACCCAAGAGGAUAUUUAGAAAGCAACAUUUCACUGCCAAUCAAGAAUCUCCAGUCAACGAUUCGGAGUUGCAGCAGGAUAUUUAUUGGGAUCAGCACUCACCUACCACAUUUAAAUUGGGUAAUGGAAAGAAGUCAUCUGGAACUUGUCCACAUGUGGUAGAAAUAUCCGAUAUAGUUAACCGUAUUGCUCCUCAGAGAUCUUCUGAAGUACCUUUGAAUAUCUGGCUAGGAGAAGAGGCAAUCCAGUGCAGCCCUGCUGUUUCUUUUCGAGAAAGAAUCAAAGCAAAUAAUUCAAGAUUUCAAAGAAGCACAGAGGAAGAAUUAAUGAAGUUGGCAAAAGAAUUUGAUCGGAAUAUGGUAGAACAAGAUAUCAGUUAUGGUCAAGAAAUUAGUGAACUUAACGAGAUUCUGGGCGAUGGAGAUUCAGAACAAACAAUAUGCACUAAGCAAGCAAACUGUGACAUUUCAACAUUGGAAAAGGUGGCUGAGACUAAAAUUACUGAGCAAGUUGAACAUGAUGGAAGACGGACCCUUCCUUUGCUAAGGUUGCACAGUCAGAUUAGUAGUCAGAAGUCAUUGGAUCUAGAAGCUGAAGCUGCUGUCAAUGCCUUGUUUGAUGGGCCCACUCAGUAUACCAACCUUCCCUUGAGUCAGGGCUUCUCAGGAGAUGACAGUUCAAGUCCGAAAUUAAAUGACUAUCAUACUGCCGGAGCAGUUUCAACACCUGCAAAAGGCAACACUGAUCAUGACAGGAGCAUGGAUAUAACGAGUGUAGGAGAGCAAGUGGUUUCAUUUUCAACUGCUUUUAAACAAAAGACAAUUCCUCAUGUCUCUUCGCCAGUUGAACUGGAUCUAAACAACUCUAAACAUGACAAAAGGUUGGUUUAUGAAGAUUCCACUACUGAUUUUAAAUUACACCAACAAAAGACAAUUGACAUUCAACCCAAAGGCAAAACAGCUGCAGCUUGUUCAUUUGAGUCCGUCCUUGAUAAUGGGUUUGAUGACUGGACGAAUGAUGACUGGAUGGAAGAUGACUCAUUUAUACUGCAAAUUUCACAAAUCCCAGAACUGAUUGAUUCUCCCACUGAAUGCACACACUUUGGAAACCAGUCCUUGGAUACCCCUGGCCAACAAGUUACAAAGGAGUUUAAGGAUGCAAAUGAGCCUAAGAAUAAUUCUGACGUAGUACCAUCUGUGUCAUUUAUGCAAAGUUCUAUCAGCAAGUCCAACAGCAAAGAGUUUGUAACCAAGACCUUACAGUUUGGAAAAAAGUCUGAAAGAGCAAAGCCAAGGGCUACGUUUACAUUACAAAACAAAGCAAACUGUAAGAUAUCUGACGAGCAAUCUGUCAAAAAAUGUCAGCCAGGUAAAGACUUUACAGGUGCAAUUAAUACAGUAAAGAAAAAAGAACAAAAGAAUUCUGAUUUUUCAACACCUCAACAUGUUUCCAACCUGUCUAAUGUAUCUCUAAGGAAAUUGACUUCUUUGACUUGUGCAAAAUCUUUUAAACAGGAGAAUCGAUAUGAUGACAGUACACAGAAAAAAACAGAGCAUUCCCUUGUUUUACAAAAGCUUGCUUCUAGUGAGAAUUCUGAAUUGAACUCGGUUAGUAUGCUGGCAUCUGAAAGACCCUGUGGUGCUGGCACAGAGAAGGGAUCUGAUGUUGUGAUGCAGGGUACUUCUUCUGAGUUUGUGGUUGAUGAUUGGAAUGAUGCAGAGUUCUACAGUGAAAUUCAAAACGCAUUUUCUGAAUCUGACAUUUUAUGGGAAACUGGUGAUGAUGAUGAUGAUUUAAACAGGAUGUGUGAUGAUGUAGAAAAGCUGAUUGAAAACCAGAAUUCUCAAGUGACUUUACAUACUGGAAUGAUAGAAUUGAAGGUAGCGAAUGGCAACCGGAGUUUAACAAACAAAAAUAUGCAUAAAAAUCAGUGUACCAAUCAGCUUAAUGGACAGCAAAAGCAUUUAAAUCAAAAUCAACCAUCAAAACAAAAUGUCUUACCUUCAUUGAGGGCUCAACCUACGCCAACAGAUUUGAUCUGCACAGUCUGUACUAUAACUACGUCCUCUACACAAAGCCAUCAUUUGAAUUCUGUAAGCAAUUUCCAGAGUAAAUCUUUAUCAAAUAUAUCCAAAAUGUGCGCUGUGAAUGUUAACAGAAUGGCUUCUGGGUCUGGUUCAAGAAACUCUAUUGAUGCUUCAAAUAUUCCAGGUUCUGCAAACUUUGGCCAUGGGCAGAAAAUUUGCACGUCCACUGUGACCACAGGUCAUCCAGUCCCCAAAUCAUGUGGUAUAGCUGGCCUUACCAGAACUCCAAGAUUCACUUUCAGUAAAAUUACAAGUUCUUCUGUGAUUGGUAUUCAAGGGAACACUAGUAGUCAUGCAGCACAGUAUGCUUUCGGCAACAGGGAUCAUGUAAAAAGCUCCAUGGAAAAAUGUGUUCAGUCAAGUGAAAUUACUGCAACUAUACAGUAUCCAACAGCAUCUCUAAAGAGACAUUUCUCAGACUCUACUUUAGAGCUCAAAGUUGGUGGAAUGGUGGAGAAGCCAGUGGCAAAAUGUUCUCAGCAAGAGAUUGAAAAAAAGAAGCAAGCAGCAUUAGCUCGGAGGAAGAUGAAAAUGCAAGCCAACUGCACUCAUCCAUCAACUGUGACUUCAUGAAUCCAAAAAAUGACUUUAUUAUAAGAAAGUAAUGAAGAAAUCAGCACUUGAAUAAAGGGGUGUACUUUUUCUUUUCUGUGGUAAAACCGGAUAAUCAGGUUCUGCAUCUUUUUCCUUCUCUAAUGUAGCCCAAUAAGUUAAUGGAGCACAUUGCUGAGCAACAGAACUAAAGGUUAUGGAAGAUUCUUUUAUUAAAGAGGAAUUUGAAGUAUUAUCUCACAGAUGUAUUUCUAAUAUCAUGAUUUACAUUGUGCUUUUCACACAGCCUUCUUUUCUAUUUUUGUUUAUCUUCUAACUGAUCUGACUUUCUGUUCCUGCCCUCUAAGCCCAAUGUUGCAGUUUAUGGGUACAAUUUCAGCAACAGUAUUGAGUAGGAGAAAAAAAAACAGGAUUUUUUUCCCUAUAAAUCAAGGACAUAGAUGUUAAUUAAAUUUUCCUUGCUGCUACCUAUUUGAGAAAAGUUCACUUAGCAAAGACUGGGAAUUCAAGCGGUGGUCUGCGUGCGUGAGUCUUAACUGAGAAUCCUAUUUGAAAGAUUUCCAGAAAUUGCUUACUGGUUAUGCAUGAAAUACUAAUCAAAAUUUGAAUUGAGUUCUUUAGUGAUACCAGCAACCUAUAUCAGACUUUUCAGAUUAAACUGCACAAUUUUGAGCUGCACUAUGUAUUUAAAUAGUUUGCCUUAGUUUAAUUUAUGUAUUUUGCUUUGCCAAUGAGGUGCUUCCAAGAAGUUCCAUUCUUGCUGUGAAAGAUGUUCCAUCUUAAAGAGAGUUUUACUUUCUUAUUGUUGUUAAGUUGUUUUUAGUUGGUUUAAAAAUGUUUUGGUUUAAAGCUCCUGUACACCAUUUGACAUUUCUUCUGAACACAUUAACUGCUGCCCCAAAUAGCUGCCCAGAAUCAUGGAAAUCAGAGUUUUUUUUUUCAUUUUACACCAUGGAGUUUUAUGUUCAUUUGUCACUACUUUGGUGUUGCUUAAAACAUAAGCACUUUCCAUUUUUCUUUAAUUUACAUUUGAGUAUGAUGAAAGGUCAAUUCCAAAGCUCAGACCCAGACAAAUGUUUCAUUUGGAUUUAUUUUGUCAUGUGAAUAAAGCUGUGGUGACAUUUUUAAUGUAUUCAUGGAUGACUGCAAUAAUGUUCCAUAACUUUUAUUGCAUAAAUGUUUUAUCACAAACAUUCUCUGUUAUCUCUUAUAAUCUACCUCAAAACAUGGACAUUUAAUUAAACUAUUCUUGACCCUGUCCAAUGGUUUAUUUAAUGUAAUAAUUGGGUGAAAUAUUUGUGAUACUUCAUCAGUUAUUAAAUAUAUGCCUUUUAGUUAAAUUUGAUACCUUUUUUUGGUUUGUGUGCACUACUUUGUUAAUGUUUGUGGUCUAAGACUUAAAGAGCAGUCUGAGAGCAAUUGUAAUGUUCCAAUUCUGUAGCAUUAUUCUUUGCAGUAGAUUUCUGCUGACCUCUAAUGCUUCGGCAAGUGUACAUAUGUAAGUGUUUAUGUAUACCUGGUGCUUUUUAACCAAGAGUCUAGACAUCUAAUAAAGAAAAUUUUCAAGGAGUCAUUUGGUAUUAGAAAAUGGCAAACUAAUGUACCUUGCAUUUUGCUUAUAUGCAGUUCCAUUUACUAUUCUUAAGGGAAUAAUCUAGUUAACUUUCUGUAUUUGGCUGAGUGCUUGAUAAAAUUGUAGCAAUCAACUAUGUUGCAAAGCUGAAGAUUUUCUGUUAAGAUUUCAUAUACUGCCGCUCUGUCUAGGACCAUACUAAAUUUAUUUGAAAUUUAAGAUACACGGAACUAGUCUUAAGUGAAUCGCUUGUGAAAAUAUUGCAGUAUCUGUGAAUUUGGCAACCUUGCUAAUAGGCAGAGUUGAUCUCAUUGAAUCUUAAUCUUAAUGAUUCACAUUUCUAAUGAACCAUUUACAUUAUUGACCAGCAUAUGGCUGCUGGUAAGAUUGGGUGGUUGUAAUUUAUCAUAGAAUCAUGCAGCAUAGAAAUGGGCACUUACGGUGCAACAUCCGUUUCAACAGUGAGACUAUCUGUGCUGAUUCCAUUUAACUGCAUUGGACCUCAUCCCUCUAUGCCCUUUCUGUCUAGGUACUUGUCCAAAUACCUUGUAGCUGCUAUAAUUCUAUCUACCUUUGAUAGCUUAUUCGAGAUAACCAUCACCCUUUGAGUGGAAAUAUUAACCCUACAGAUCUCCUUUAAAUUCCUCUUUUCUCAUCUUAAACCGAUGCCUCUAGUUCUUGACUCCCCUGCCUUGGGAAAAAAAUAGACUAUUCAUAAAAUUAUGAGAUGCAUACUAUUUAUAAACCUGAACAUAGAAAUAACAGACCCUUUGACCCAUGAAGAUGAGUUGACUUUUGAACCUAUUCUAAGAUUAAUCUAACUCUUCUCUCCAAUAUAGCCCUCCAUUUUUCUAUCAUCCAUUUGCCUAUCUCAGAGUUGCUUAAAUGUCCCUAAUGUUUCUGUCUCUACCACCACUACUCUGUUUUUAAAAAAACUACUUCUGACAUCCCCUAUACUUUUUAACAAUCACCUUAAAAUUAUGCCUCUCAUAUUAGCCAUUUGAUCAAUCCUGUUAGAAUCUUGUAUUCCUCUAGCAAGUCACCUCUCAUCUUCCUUUGCUCCAAAGAGAAAAGCCUGAGCUUGCUCAACUUUUCCUCAUAAGAUGUGCUUUCUAAUCCAGACAGCAUCUUGGUGAAUAUUCUCUGCACCCUCUCUAAAGUUGCCACAUCCUUCCGAUAAUGGGAUGACCAGAACUGAACUUGAUAUUCAAACUGUGGUUUAACCAUGGUUUUAUUGAGCUGCAAAAUUACUUUGCAUCUUUUGAAUUCAAUCUCCAGACUAACUAACUAGCUUCAUACACCUUGUGCAGCCACUUUGAGGGAUCUAUUGAUAUGGAUCUUCCUCGCUGCUAAGAAUCCUACCAUUAACCCUGUAAUCAGUCUUUGAAUUUGACCUUCCAAAGUAAAUCACUUCAUACUUUUCUGGAUUGAACUCCAUCUGCCACUUCUCAGACCAGUUGUACAUUUUGUCAAUUUCCCUUUGUAACCUACGACAACCUUUGACACAAUCCUCAACCCCAUCUCUAAGGUUACCCCUUAGUUUCCUUUGUUUUAGUGAGAAUAGCUUAUCAAAGUUCUUCUAACUACAGUUCUCCAAUCCAGGCAACAUCUGAUGAAUCUCUGCUGCACUCUGUCUAUUUUGCAACUACUAGCUUCCUAAGGUACACAAACCAGAAUUGACAAGAACUUCCAAGUGCAAUCUAAUCAAUGCUUUGUUCAACUGUAACGUGAUGCCCCAAGCUCUCAUCAGUUCUUCCUUCUUAUGAACACUCAGAUUAUGUACAACCUGCACACAUGAAUGAGCAUUUGGAGACCAGUGAUAUGGAUUUGUCAGUGCAGGGCUGCGGGCAGUCCAUUUACAGUUUCAUUUCUGAUUGUGAGCUGUUCAGGUUAAAAACAGUUAAUCAGAAUAGUGUCUGGAAAGGACUUCUCCUCGAAGCCUCAACCUAUGAAUUUGUUUGCCUUUAUGUGGAGAAGCAUUCAGUAGAAGGUGAUAAAGUCUUCCUCACUAUCCUGCUGUGUUACCAUUUUCAGGGACUUAUGUACUUCCACUCUUGGUCCCUCUGUGCAUAAAUUCUCCUGAAGUCUCUAUCAUUAACUAAUAUGUUCUACUAGAAUAUCAGUUCUCAAAGUGCAUUACAUCAUACGUUUGGAUUAAUUUCCAUUUGUCACUGCUCUACUCAAUUUUCUAACUGAUCUAUAAUCCUGUAUCCUUGGAAAGUGUUCUUCGUUAUCCAUGACUACAAAUGUUUGUGUUGUUUGCAAACUUCUUAAAUGGUCCCUGGGGGAAUAAAGUUGAGAUAGCAAAUCGUGGAAUAAUAUUGUAUCAUGUCUCCUACCCAAAAAAUGGGCACAUUUUUCAUUUCAAAUUCACUAUUAAGCAUAUUGAACAUGGAGCACUGCCAAAAAGAAGCAGCAUCCAUCAUCAAAGAUCCCUGCCAUCUGUGCCAUGUUCUCUUACUACUGCUAUUAGGCAGGACGUACAGAAGCCUUAGGUCCCACACGACCAGGUUCAGGAACAGUUAUUACUCUACAACCAUAAGGCUCCUGAGACUGUAUGGAUAACUUCACUCUUUUACAAUGUACAGAAUCAGUUUCAAGGACUCUUUAUAAAAAUGUAUAAAAAUUGCAUUAGCAGUAGCCAAAAAAGUUAUCGCAGUUACUUGGAAAUCUGAUCUGUAUUUAACUAUGGAUCAUUGGAAUAAUGAAAUACAUAGUUGUAUUCCACUUGAAAAAAUUAUGUAUAAUCUAAGAAAUGAAUAUGAUAUAUUUUUACAAAAAAUAGGAUUAAAUGCAUAGGUCCUUUGAAGAUAAAAUUAUAGUAAUUGGGGAAAGUAAAAAUCAAUACCAAAAUUAUUUUGAACUCCAUGGAGCAUGUGGGGAUCCUCCGAUAUCC